AUGAGUUUCGGGUCUGGUGGUGCAAAGGGACAGGCGGGGAAGGUCCCAUCGGGGAGGAGGGAGUUCCACUCCAGUCCUGUUCGCCGUCACGAGAUUCAGGAUGAACCCUUGGACUUUGAGAAACCCCUCGUUAACUCGCACCUCCCCGAGGGUUCAGUGGCUCCUAUCACGGAAGCUGAUCAUGUCUCAACCGUUUCCCAUGAGACGGUCGUGAAUGUUUCGCCGGCGACUUUGGCUGCCCUGACAAAGGGUAAGCUGAGGUCUCAGACGAGAAGUUUCAGCACCAGUGGCUGUAGGCCUUCGAAGCACCUCGUUAUUCUUGGUUCUGGGUGGGGCGGGUAUAAGCUCCUCAACCAGGUAUCAACCAAGUAUCACCAGGUUACCGUCAUCUCUCCUCGCACGUACUUUGUCUUUACUCCUCUCCUCGCAUCCACUGCUGUCGGGACCUUGGAGUUCCGUUGUGCGAUGGAGCCCGUGAGGUCUCGUUACCGUGGUAUUUUCCGGUGGAUGAGUAAGAAGGGCGAGGGUGUGAACUUGAUCGAGGCCUUUGCGGAUAAUAUUGAUUUCGCGAGGAAGAAGGUUGAGUGUGUGACGCAGUUUACUCCGGUGAAGGAGGAGACUACAUUGGAUAGGAGUGCUGCUGAGGACGAGUGUCCUGGCGAGAUGUCUAUCAAUGGACGCAUGAAGGAUGGGAGGAGGAAGUUUGAGGUUGAGUAUGAUGAUCUUGUCAUUGCUGUCGGUGCGUACAGUCAGACUUUUGGAACGCCGGGGGUGAAGGAGCAUGCAUAUUUCUUGAAGGAUGUUGGUGAUGCGAGGAGGAUUCGUGCGAGAAUCUUGCAUUGCUUCGAGUUGGCUGCGUGCCCCUCUACCACCGAGGAGGAGAGGAGGCAGCUUCUCCACUUCGUUUGCGUGGGUGGUGGGCCUACUGGUGUUGAGUUCGCCGCUGAGCUCCAUGAUCUGAUUCAUGAUGAUUUGGCCUUGCUUUACCCCGAGCUGUAUCAUCUGGCAAGCAUCUCCUUGUUCGACGUUGCCCCAAGGAUCCUUGGAAGUUUUGACGAGAACUUGGGAGAGUAUGCGAGGGCGAAGUUUGCUAGAAGUGGGAUUCGGAUCAGGACUGGAACUCAUGUGACGAAGAUUGAGGAGGGCAAGGUCUACACCAAGGAGAGUGGUAUGGAGAGGUUCGGAAUGAUGGUCUGGGCGACUGGACUCCACGCCAACCCCCUCGUCGAGGAGAUGAAGGGCGUGCUCAAGGACAAGAGGACCGGCAGUGUCCUAACUGACGGCCGCCUCCGUGUCGUCGACGAGAAGGGCCAGCCUGUUGAUGGUGUCUACGCUAUUGGCGAUUGCGCUGCGAUUAAGGAUGGCGAGAUCCUUCCUGCCACCGCACAAGUCGCCAACCAGAAAGCCAUCUACCUCGGCAACUCCCUCAACGCCAUCGCUCGUUCCGGUACACCCUCUUACGAACCUGAACCGUUCAAGUUCCUCAACCGUGGAGCGAUGGCUUACAUCGGCGGUUGGAAAGCCAUCGUCCAGCCUGCGAAGUCUGGUGGGCUUUCGGGUCGUGCUGCGUGGAUAUUGUGGAGGACUGCGUACUUGUCGAUGAGUGUAAGUUUGAGGAACAAGAUUUUGAUUCCUACGUAUUGGUUGUUGAACUUUGUCUUUGGGAGGGAUAUCACUAGGUUUUGA